AUUUGUGGCGAAGAAUAUAAUCGCAAACCAAUUGUCAAUUUGUGUCACCGAAGAAGCAGUGGUCGCGAAGAAGCAAAUAGUCAUCAAUUGAUUUGCAUUUGUUUUGUUAUUUGAUUUGUUUAUUGUUUUUAUACAUUAAUUGUUGAUAUUUUAUAUAAAUAUAUUUACUAUUUAUUAUCCGUUGUAUUGAAUGAGUUGUCACUGAAGUCCCGAAAAUAACGCAACCCUUUGAUUGGCCGCCGAAACGAUGAUUGUGGAGAACACGGAAGCGUUUCGCCAUUGGCUCAAGAGCUGUCUGGAACCGCUCUGUGAUGCGGAUCCGGAAGCGUUGGCCAAAUACGUGAUGGCGUUAAUCAAAAAGGAUAAACCAGAGAAGGACUUGAAGAUUAUA